AUGGAAAUAGAUCAUAUAUCAGACAACAAGUCUUCGCCCAACAAGAUUGACAUAGAGGAGGAGAGGAAGGGGAGGUCGCUCAGCACGACAACCACUACUUUCACUACCAAUACCACCACUAAUGCUAACGCUCCUCGUACUUGGUUUCGAAGGAACAGAGUGCUUCGUCUUGAAAAUCUUGAUCCUAAUGGAACUAGACAAGAUAUUCAGGCAAGCUUCGAGAAACGAGGGUUUUCAAGUACAUGGGUUGAUCAUACAAAAGAUUCAACCUCUGGUUACGCUCGACUGAAUGUUCCUCAAGCCAAGCAAGUAGCUGCUUUAAUAAUGGCGGGAGGUGGCCUGAAAGUAGGCUCUGAAAUUGUGAGAAUACGAGCAUUAGAAGGCGAAGAAGAGGAUUCAUAUUGGGCUCUCGCAAUAGAUCGUGAUUAUUCUAAUGUAUCUAAACGUCUCCUACGUCAGCAUAUAUCGCUAAAACCCAAAGUACGAAUACCGGUCAGUUCUUUACGAAAACGUUUUGUAUUAUCCUCGUCACCAUCGGGAGGGACUGCUUCCCUCGAAGAAGACAGCGGAGCACAACACAAAAAGAAAGCUAAAUCAAGUAAAGGGUUGCGAUUCGUCCCUUAUACAACAACGGAUGACGAUGACAUAACGCCACUGCAGGAUGAUUCUGGAGGGGAUAGUUCGACUGCUAAUACCACAGUCGCUCAUCGUGAACAAAGCGACGGCGGUAUAAAUGACAAAAAUUCAAUCUCUUUUGAUGCUAUCGAUGGUGUUGAUUGCGCUGUCCAAUCAUUAUCGUCAUUGAAUAGUACAGCUAUAAUGUCAACCAAUCGUGAUGUUCAUGGUACUACAGCGCCAACAAAUUCAUUAAAAGCUGAAUCUGCGGAGGAAAUAGUAGCAAAGUUUGAAAAAUUAUACCUUGAUGGUUGGUAA